AUGCCGAGACGCCAAGGAAACGUUUACUGCACCCAUUGCAGACGCUAUCAUCCACAGUACUACGGUGCCGCGUUGAACAGCCAUUUGAGGGCACACCGGGACCGUCAUGAGCGUACUCCACCUGCCAGAAACCCUGUCCAGCGCACUAAAAAGGUUAUAAAGGUACGGGAACUGACCGCCGGAAACGUGGGACAAAAACUAGCGGACAUAUUAGGCGAGGAGGGGUAUGUGAACUUGCUGGUGCUUACGAGUACGCUCCCACAGCGGGAUCCUGGACAACCAGGGACAAACUCGCUAGUGGUGACUGCCCGAGAUAUACUGCGUGCGACAAUCGCCCCUCGGUUCGAAGAAUGGGAGUUGCACAAUGCAGGAACUCCCGAAGGGCCUCAUUGGGUUGGACCCCGAGCAUGCCGUUACCCCAUACACCAAUCGCUGGCGGAUUCGUCAGUUGGACUAGCGCUUCUCCAAGAUGAUGUCGGUGUAGUGAAGGUGCUAGUAGCGCUUGGGAUGGAUCCGAACAGCAUGCUCGAAUGUGGGUACCGCACUCCGGGAGUGGCUCUACUCGCAUCGGCGAAUACGAUUAUACGAUAUCUCCUAUCACUCGGAGACCGGUUUGACUUUGACAAGAGGCUCAACGCCUGCGGUGAGCAAGAAGAGACCUUGAUGACGAUAGCAUACCGGAUAGGGAGAAUGGACGUCGUCGAGCAGGUAUUGGCUGCCAAUGGAGGUGCCAUCCCUGGCCGAACCAUAUUUUCCAUCUGUGCCUUUGAGGAGUUUGCUACGAUUGGGGAAGUGCUUCGCCUUGGUGGGAAUUUCGAACGAGAUAUUGCGAUGCCACAUCAAGAUACCCAGGAUACCCCUCUCCAUGCCGCUGUCUUGAACCCUAUGGCCUCUGUCUUAGACGCCAUAUUGGAGAGGGUGAAAGAUGCCUGUGAAACAACAGACGCGUAUCGAGGAUUUCUUCACGCCCGAAACUCUGAGGGUCAAACACCUCUGAUGUAUGCAAUCGUGCAUCGCAGAUUGUGGAGUUUCACAACCCUUGUACACGACCCGGACGUCAACCUAAAUCUUCGAGCAAAUGGUGGCCAAACUGCGCUCUGGUAUGCUGCCUAUAUGAUGGAUAGGGAUAUGGUCUUGACUCUCAUCAAUGAUAGAUGUGAUGCGGGCAACCCUCGGGGGGACUAUGCUGCGACCAAAGGCACCCCACUCAAUGCUCUACUCUAUGCAUAUGAGGACCUCUUUUAUGGAUAUCCCAGUGACCCAAGGUGGGGUGAACUCGAGGUGCAAGAAAGGUUCAAUGACCAGAAAGAGAACAUUCUGAGCAUUGCUCGGAUUCUACGUGCCCACGGUUGUCGAUCCGAUCUGGCUGAUGACCGUUUCAAAGAUACGCCUGAGACUGAGCACCCGAUCGGAUUUGCCGAAUGGGCAAGAUUGUUUAGGUGAUUUUUUUUUUUUUUUUUUUUU